AGUCUUCGGAAUUUUAUGAAGAUGAUUUUGCUUGUGCUUGCAGUUUCAAUAGGUUUGACCUUUUCUGAGUCUACAGAACAUGAACAACCUAUUGAAAGGGAAUGUCCAUGCAAUCCCUCUAAACUAUGGCUAGACGUAGUGGUUGCAAUUGAUAGCUCAGCUGGAAUGACGGGCCAGGGAAUGACACAGGUCUUAGCGAACAUUUUUACUGUGUUCGAAGAAACUAAAAUUGCCCAAAAUGAAGGGCAGCAUACACGACUUGCGGUUGUCACCUAUGGCAAGAAAGCGACGACGAGGUACAAUUUAACUGACUUGAAAUCUACCGAUGAAGCGAUGGACAAGAUUUGGGAGAUUACGUGUGGAAACGAUGCAUAUUCAAAUUUACAGGAGUGA